GACGAGCGGACUUUACACAAAGCCAAAUGGUCGCUAUACUGCAGUAAACAAAGUUUUGUGGCAAGCAACUGAUUCGUAUUCAUUGAAAGUUCUCUAAUAUAACCGACAAAAAUGGCGAGUCCAGUGAGGGUAAUGAAGUUUCACCUUUUUAAUUGUGAUAACACGUAUAGCUUGGACUCGGUGGAAACCUUGUUGCUCAAAAUGGCAGACGAUCGUAACCUCAGACUAUUGGUGGAUAAGCGAAAAUUUCGCCUUCAUGAAAUGACGGAUGUGUGUGGAAAGACUAUUCCAAUGCUACAAAUGGAUUAUGCCGUCUUUGUUGUCCAUGCGCAUGAAUCUCGUCUCUCCAUCAACGAGGACAACGCUGGUAUUGGCUACGCGGAGAUCUACAAAACUUUGCUGCGAGCGACAGGUACGGUCGGUCGUCUAACAUUAGGGACCUUUAGCAAACCACGACGGCGACGGCAGCGAGUAGGUGGCGAAACAAAAGAUCUAAUGAGCAGAGCAAUAGCUCAGCUCGUACAUUUUCGAACUUUGUACAUUUCUUAGCCGUCCUCUGCAAAAUAACAACGUGAAAUCCUCAAAAUUACCGAGGUUCGAGAAAGGAAACCUCGACGGCAAAUUAUCUAAGUUUCCAUUUGGAACUCAACGCUCUUUCAUAUGCUAUGAUGAGGUUAACUUGCGGCGCCGUAAAGGAUGGUAGUCACAUCCACUCAUUCGCGAAAUUUCAACUGAAAAUAUCUCUUCAUUUUAAAUUCGACGUCUUCUUUGGCGUUGCCGUCCUAACUACUAAAGGUCCCUAUUUCAGUAUGAUAACGAUGCCAUACUAGUAUAAAUUCUCAUUUGAACUCUUGUCAGUUUUAUUGCAGUAAGUGCCAUGAUAUUUUUGCUUGUCAAUCAAUAUCAUUCUUAAAUUGUCGGCUAUCUAUCCAAUUACUCAAGACUAAGGCUUCAAAUGACGAAAAGCGAAAGACGCUAAGAUGAAAAUAUUGCUGUUUUACACUUGUUUCAGUUAAAUACAAAACGACGCGAACGUAAGAUCCGAUUAAGUUUGGCUUUUGAAUAAGCUGGAAAUACAUGGCCUGGCAUCAGAAUAAACCGUUUUAAAUGUUUAUUACUACAGCAUGAUGACUUUGGACACGGAUUUUCGAUGCCGGGUAAAUGCUAUCAAAAUAGUUUGGGUUUGACUAAUGCAGGAAUUUCAGAUCAGAGUCCAUCGUUACACACCAAAAAAUUUCUUUCGAGGAGAACGCUUUGAUACUUUUCGGGCUUCCUUUCCUUUGAUCUGGCAUUUAUUUUCAAGAAGAAAAUCGUCAUCUGCAUCUCCAAUUUUCUUCUCACUAAUCCUUUUCACCGACUCAUCUGAACUGAAGCCAAAAAUAAUCACCUCUACAUUUAGGAAUUGUAUUUUGGUAGAAUUUAGUAAUGUUUCGGAUCGAUAAGCAUUUAAAAGAAACAAACGACUACAGCGGUGCAAACUCUUUGUGAAAAUUUUGAUUAGAGCAGAGUGACAAGUGUUCAUUCGCUCGUCCUACAAAUGUUCAACCUAGGCUUUACAUAGGUUCUACAUAGGUUCCCAAGUGUGAGGUUUGUUUUGUUGUAUAUCAAGUUACCCUCUAAACUCUUCAAAAUCGAAGAUUGCAAAACAUCCUCCAAAUAAGGUGAGUAUAAGCGAACAAGGUUUAAAUGGAACUCAUGAACUGCAGUCCAUCGGAUAAUUGUGGUAAUGAAUAUUUACUCAGGUCUAUAUUUCUAUAGUUACAGUGUAUGAUGUAAAUGCUUUUUGAUGAUCUAGUUGGCUCUUACGUCGAAUUGUCACAAACAAAUAGUCGAAAGUUAAACAGAGGCUCAUCAUUCAACUUCCGUAUAUUUACAAAACUACUCUCAUACUACCUCUCCCCUAUGGGUUCUGAAGGUGAAAGACUGAGAAAUAUAAAAUCCCCGAGAAAUGUCUUAACAUACCUUGAAGAAGUGCAAAACAUUUAAAAAGAAAAUUGUCAUCCAUUUAAAUCCAUGAUGUAUGUGUAACGGUGUGUCUUGUACUUCAAGGAGACAAAGUGUUGAUCGUCAUUGGUGGCGAUGAUAAUUAUAGAGAUGAAGACGAGGAAGAACGGUUUGUUAUCUCACACUGGGCACGAAGGAAAGUGGCGUCACAGUUUGAUGAAGAGUAUCUCGAUGGAAGAAAAAGCUUCGUUUUCUCUUGGAAUAAAGGUCACAAAGAAAUCCACGAGAGAGCAUUAGAGCACUACCUCGACCCAAGUAAGAAAGGAGAAAAGUUUCAGCAUGUGCCAAAAUCCAUAACUGUAAACAUUGCUUCUGGAACCGUUGAUGAUUCAGACGAGGAAGCAGAACUGCACUUCUUAGAGUUUGGUAAGAAAGGGCUAAAGUUAAGGUAUGUGCCAGGACCACAACCUCCUCCCACCACAGAUGUUUCAGAAGAGGUAUGCGCUUUGAUUCAGAUUGUUUAGUGGUCAUGAUUUGCACGUUUUUGCUAUCGACCAAAUUUGUGUCAACAAGCAAUGCGUGAAUCAUUAGACUAAUUUGAAGCUUUAAAUCACGCAAACCAUACCUGAAACCAAAAAGAGCUGUCCUUGUGCUGUCUGUGACUUCCAUUCGCAGUUACUUAUAUGUUCACUGAAAAUACACUUUUCUCUGACAGGGCAGUUGGAGUUUAAUUUAUUUGUUGUGCGAAGACGGGACGACGAGCAUACAGAGAGUGACAGGAACACAGACAGAAAGACAGACAGACCAAAUGUAUAGCGCAUAUAAGGACGGACAAACAGGCAGGCAGGCAGACAUAACUGGAAACUGAACGAGAGAGGAAGUCGACUGGAUGCAUGCUUCAUUUCCUGUGAUAGCUCCAACAUUUUUUCAGUUACCAAACUUGUGAUUCUUUUGACUUCCUUGAUAUUUUAUUCCCUAGAUCCUUUUAAUCUUUAACUUCUCGAUUCCUGGGUACCCUUAUCACCUGACUGCUUGUUUGUUUGAUUUUUCAAUUGAUCUUUUAACUAUCUUCCAUUGUUUCCCAUCUGUCGUUCCCACCUGGAUUCAUUCUUCCUCAUUUCUUUCUUUCUCAUUUGACAGAGUUUUUUGUUUAUUCAUCCAUUUAUUCACGUAGGACGUAAGUGAUGACGCCAAGAACCCUCUUCUACCUCGUAGUGGAGACGACUCAACCCGAGAGAAACCUAAGAGGAAAGAGGGAAGAAAAAGUAAGCGCAGAAUCCAAAUCUGGAGAUAAAUUAUUUCUAGGGGCAAAACCUCUCGUUCUCGAAGUUGCCUUGCUUAUUGCACUUACGAAUUUUUAGGGAUUAGGGUAUCAAUUUGAGAGGUCCUCUGACCCUGUCCUAACUGAAGAUAGGAAAAGGAAGCGCUGGAAUCAGAAAGUUAUUUCGCAAAUAUUGAUUUGAUUUAGCUAACAAACUUAUAUCUUAAGGGACUUAAUGCAAUUGAUGCUUUUAUGCAAAUUAUUUUGUUAUCUCUUUUUCUAUCAUAAACUAAGCCAGGCUUCUAUUGAGCAAGGGCCGAAAUCCUUAGUAAGGUUUUUUUUCAGUUAUUAAUGAAUCUAUUAUAAUCUAACCUUAAUUAGGGCCUAGGCCAGAUCCUUUCAAUGCUCAGCCGGAAUUUCUCGAGGGCACCAUUCUGCUGGACACGGUCCUGCGUUUUGGAAAAAUCUCCUACAGAGAAGAGGAUCUGAAAGCCUGGGAUCAGAGGUGGGAGCCAUCGGAAAAAGUUGUUCGCCACUUGUUGCAAGAUUGGAUGUGUAGACCGCUUGGGAAUGUUAGAUUUGUCGCUACAGCUAACGGUGGGGUAUCUUACAUUGUGAGACCUCGCAGUUUCUGUUGUGGACUGCGUUUGAUCCUUUGGGCGUUCAUAAUUAUCACUAUUAUCAUCAUUAUUUCUAUUAUUGUCUAUUUCGUUGAUCAUUAUUAAUUUUAUCGUUAUUAGUAUUUUCAUUACUAUUAAUUAUGGUUUAAAUUGAUGAGCCUCAUUAAAGAUAGUCUGAUAGCGAUGAACGAGAGAGAACAAGGACUGAAGCAAGCAGCACCGUUCAAACAAACUUUUAAUAAUGAGAAAAAAUACAUUAUUCCGUCUCUUAAUAAACAUCACUUGGAAACAAUUUUUGUACACCGAAGAGUGGUUGCGCCGUGGGUCGGAGAAGGUUGUAGUUACAAUCAAUUUGAGGACGAUAUUGAUGUCAGCUUAAUCUUCCCUGCCCUUUAGGACCUCAAUCGUGUUUCCCUUACUCUUUACUGCGGUUUGUUACAUGCAUGUCGCUAACUGACAGGUAUGAAAAUAUUACAUCGAAUGGGUGGGGGCUAUUUUAACAAUUCUCCUACAAAGAAGAGGAUGUGGAGGCCUGGGAUCAAAGCUGGGAGCCAUCGGAAAAAGUUGUUCGCCACCUGUUGCAAGUUUGGAUGUGUAGACCGCUUGCGUAUGUUAGAUUUGUCGCUACAGCUAACGGUGGGGUAUCUUACACUGUGAGACCUCGCAGUUUUUGUGGACUGCGUUUGAUCCUUUGGGCGUUCAUAAUAAGUUGUUUAAAGUUGUGCAGGAAUUGCCUUCUUUGUAUGUUUAAAUGGUUCAGUGAACGAUGUGCAUGUCCAACAAGGGAUUGCUUUUUCGGAUGUUUUAUUACUUGUAUGGGAAAUUAUCAAGGUGUUUUGAAUGGUUCAGGGAACUAGUCAAGCGAUGUCCAUGUCGAACAAGGUAUUGCCUUUUUCGGAUGUUUUAUUACUUGUAUGGGAAAUUAUCAAGGUGUUUUGAAUGGUUCAGGGAACUAGUUAAGCGAUGUGCAUGUCGAACAAGGGAUUGCCUUUUCCGGAUGUUUUAUUGUAUGGGAAAAUAUUGAGGCGUUUUCAAUGGUUCAGAGAACUAAUCAUCUAAUGUGUAUUUUGAACAAGGGAUUGCCUUGUUUGGAUGUGUUAGUGCUUGUAAAGGAAAUUUUCAAGGUGUUUUGAAUGGCUCAGAGAACGAAUCAAUCGAUGCAGAAUCACUUUUAGAUUUAUGCCUCGUUGGACGUAACUUUAAAAAUUACCAUUUCUUUAUUAAGUACGAAUUCGGGAUUGAUAUCAUGUAGCCGUGAGUAUUUUCUCGAGUUUCAUAGCCUAUCUCAAACUUGAAAACACGAAACGUACUUCUUUGUUCAGAAAAGUAAAAACUGGCAUAUUAAAGGAAGUGUGUCAUGAUUGUGAGGUAGCGAACGCGUGUGAAAAUACAUCACCGGCGUUCGUCCAAUCAGAGACACGAACGAUAGUACUUCACAGUGUAAAUCUCAGUGUUUAUGAAAUAAUUUAAUUUACGCCGCACUGAACCGUUGUAAUUAAUGUUAGAAUAGUAAUCUAUACUAAGUGUGUAUUGCCAGGUAUGUAAGCAAUUUAAUAACUGACAGACGUGUAAACUGGAUUUUCGUAUUUUAGUAAUAAUAAUGAUAAAAAUAAAGGUCCU